AUGGCCGCCGUCCAGGAAGGGGGGAGGAGGGCCGCGAUGGAGCUCGAGGAGGGCGCCGCCACCGCCCUCACCAGACGUCGAGGCUGCCAGAUCCGACUGCCGCCGCAACAGGCCGAGCUCGAGGCCGCCAGAUCUGCGCAGCCCCGUCGUCUCCCCGCCGCGCAGGCUUCCGCCAGCGCCGCCGCCAUGGGAGGACACUGGAGGAUAUUCUUGGCUGCUGGUGCUGUUGUCGAGGCCUGCCGACAGGUGGCUUCUGGCAAAUGUCAGUCGGGAUUUGCUAUUGUUCGUCCGCCCGGCCACCAUGCUAAGGCUGCCAAAGCGAGUGGCUUCUGCUAUUUCAAUAACAUCGCCAUUGCUGCCAUAUAUUUGCAAGCAGAUCACAAUUUAGAAAAGAUACUCAUACUUGAUUUUGACGUCCACCAUGGGGAUGGAACACAAGAUAUCUUUUAUGAGGACAAAAGUGUUUUGUUCUGUUCUGUUCACAGGGACGUCCUUUUUCCUCAUUCCAUGGAAAAGAAGUGUUAUAAAAUUGUUGAUGGAGAAGGCAGAGGAUACAAUGUUAAUGUCAGUUUGGAACAUGAGCUGCGUGAUGAUGAUUUAUUGACUGUGUUUGAUUAUGUGUUCUUACCACUUGCAAACCAAUUCAAGCCGGACUUUGUAUUGGUGUCGGCGGGCUAUGAUGCAGUGAAUGCAUUACUUGAAGGGAGGGCAGAAGACAGAAACAUCAAACAAAAAUAUGAAGAGGCGAAUGAAGAAACAUGGAAGGUCAUUAAUCAGGUGCAGAAUCAACUGGGAGCUUUCUGGUCAGUCCUGGAAAAAGUGAAGCCUCCCGAGGACUAUUUCCUGGAACCUCCAGGAAACAAGGUGGAAGCCAAGAAGCCCCCCGAAGAAGCUAUGGAGCCUCCCCGCCCCCCCAAGUAA